AUGCUGCAGCUUCUCGACUCGGCGGCUGAUGCCAUAGGACACACGCCACUCGUGCGUCUCGACCGCAUCACCUCCUCCCUGGGCCUCGAGGGAGCCAUCCUGGGCAAGCUCGACUACCUCAACCCGGGCGGCUCGAAAAAGGACCGCGUCGCGCUCGGCAUCAUCGAGGAGGCUGAGAAGGCGGGCACUCUCAGGCCUGGUCAGCCCGUCGUCGAGCUCACCAGCGGCAACACCGGCACCGGGCUCUCCAUCGUGUGCGCCGUCAAGGGCCACCCCUUCAUCGCCGUCAUGUCGCGGGGCAACUCGGUCGAGCGCGCCCGCAUGAUGUCCGCCCUGGGCGCCGAGGUCGUCCUCGUCGACCAGAUGCCCGGCUCCGUCCCCGGCCAGGUGUCCGGCGCGGACCUGGCGCUCGUCGAGCAAAAAGCCAGGGAGAUUGAGGCCGAGCGCGGGGCGUUUCGCGCCGACCAGUUCACGCGCGACGGCAACUGGAUGGCGCACCACGACGGCACGGGCGCCGAGCUGUGGGAGCAGACGGGCGGCCGCCUCGACGGCUUCGUUGACUUUGUCGGGUCCGGGGGCACGUACGCUGGCGUGACCAAGAAGCUCAAGGCGAAAAACCCCGCGGCCAAGUGCUUCAUUGUUGAGCCCGAAGGCGCCGCCGUCUUGGCCCAGCAGGGUGUGACGCGGCCCGAGCAUCCCAUCCAGGGCGGCGGCUACAUGAUGCCGGACCUCGUGUACCUCAAGGACGUGCCCGUUGACGGCUAUCUGCAAGUGACUGGCGACCAGGCCAGGCAAGGGGCUCGUCUCUUGGCGAGCAAAGAGGGCAUCUUUGGAGGGUUCUCCAGUGGCGCAAAUGUCAGCGCGGCAAUUGAGCUGCUGAAGGGCGAGAUGAAGGGGAAAACGAUUGCCAUUAUGAUCUGUGAUUCGGGUCUAAAGUACCUGUCAACGGAUCUCUGGGCAGAAGCUUGA